UUUGCACAGUUGGUGAAAGACCUGUGCAUUGUCUGUUUAUUUUUUUCAUCGAUUUUUAAUAAAUUUUUAAAUGAAGCAGUUUUUGGAAGAUCUAUCGCAGUUCACCGGUUUCCCAGUGGAUCAGGUACGCUAUGUCACUGGGAUGUUCAUAACACUAUUUCUGGCUGUCCUAUACAACCUUUUCUUACCACCGAGCAACACCACUCGUUCUACAAGAUUGACUGUAGGCCUUAUAUGGGGCAUUAUGAUUGGAUGGUUGGUCUAUGAAAGUGCAAUUCUACAACUGAUUAUUUUACCAAUGCUAUGUUAUUUCCUCAUCUAUUUGGUUCCAUCAGAUAUAAUACACAGGUACACAUUUAUUCUCACUAUGACUUGGCUUUCUGUGAAUCACAUUUAUCACCAAAUUACUGAUUAUGGUGGCUAUAGACAAAAUGUUACAGGACCACUCAUGGUUAUAACUCAAAGACUAACAUAUGUGGCAUACAGCCUACAUGAUGGUCUUUGUAGAAAUGCAAAUGAACUUACAAUUGAACAAAGGCAACACUGUAUAAAGGAAAAACCGACAAUGUUGGAAUUUUUCAGUUAUAACUUACACUUCACAAUGUUUUUGGUUGGCCCAUCAUGUACAUAUUAUGAAUUUAUUCAAUUUAUUGAUGGUAAUAACAUGAAGGGAUACAAAGGAUUAUAUAAAAUACCUGUGAUAACAGUUGCAAUGAAAAUCUUCAAGGCCAUUACAUAUUUAGGACUAUAUGUUUUGGGAGGAUCUCUUCUCUCAGUUUACACUUGCAUAGAUUCUACAUAUCGUUCAAAAACACCAUUAUUAACAAAGAUUGUUCAUGGAUACCUUGUAAUUGGUGCAGUAAAGAUGCGUUAUUAUUUUGCAUGGACAUUUGGAGAUGGAGUUAUCAAUGCUGCAGGCAUGGGCUUUAAUGGAUAUGACAAAAACGGUGAACAGCGUUGGGAUGCAUUUACAAAUAUUAAAGUCAAAAACAUUGAGCUGGCUACUAAUGCACGAACCAUCCUUGAAAACUGGAAUAUUUGCACUGAAAAAUGGUUAAAACGGAUAAUUUAUUUUAGAGCAAAAAAUAAAGUACAAGGUGUGAUGACAACAGCUUUUACAUCUGCCCUUUUUCAUGGAUUUUAUCCUGGCUAUUACCUAUGUUUCAUAUCGACUGGUCUUAUAACUAUAUCAUCAAGAACGGCACGGCAUUCGUUCUGGGCUUUCUUUCAAGAGAGCAAGAGAAAGAAAAUAUUCUACGAUAUUUUAACGUGGUGUAUCACAAAUACAUUAGUCAGUUACUGUGUUCUACCUUUCAUGUUGCUGCGACUGGAGUAUGGCAUUAUCUUUUGGAGAUCAAUGUACUUCUUCGGUCAUUUUGUCUCAAUCCUUGGCUUUGCCUCCCCUUGGAUAAGCAAGAUGUUGGGUAUGUGGAAAGACAAAAAGCUAGAAGAAAGACAGAAAGAAACGAAAACGGAAGCAAUAAAUGGUCGUAGGAUCAUCAGAAACAUUGACGAUGACGAGAAAGAAAAAUGACUCAAUCAAAGUAUUUUAUAUUUAUCUCAAAGAUUGUGCCAGUUCUUUCCAUUACAGCAUUUCAUCCUCAAGCUUGUGUAAACUGCAGCUAACAAAACACUUUUCAAUUAACAAAAAACACCAUUUCACAAUUUUAUAGCCACCAGUUGAAAUCUUGAAAAGCUUUGUUCACUUACAACUACCUGUAACAUAAAGAAUAAUAUUGUUAUAUGUAAAAAUAUAUGAAUACAAUUUAUACUUAAAAAAAUUAAUGAAUAUUAAAACUAAAAAUCCUUUGCACAGGAAAGAUGGUAAA